AUGAGUGAACCAGAUAAUAACUCACUCUCAAUUAAAGAACAACCUAGUGAUGAUGAAGCUUCAUCGCAUGGUCCCAAACCUGUCACCGCCAAACCUCCUCUGUCGAGUUACUUUUUAGUCUCGAUGCUUUGCAUGUUUGCUGCUAUGGGUGGUUUUAUUUUUGGUUAUGAUACAGGUACAAUUUCUGGAUAUGUCAAUAUGCCAGUAUUUUUAGAAAAGUUAGGCAGUACUGAUGCCAACGGUGUACAUUAUUUGUCCAAGGUCCGUUCUGGUUUGUUAAUUGGUAUCUUCUCCAUUGGUGCCUGUAUUGGCGGUAUUUUCUUGUCUCGUCUUGGUGAUAUGUACGGUAGAAAGAUCGGUGUCUGGGUCGGAACUGGUGUAUACAUUGUUGGUGUUCUUAUCCAAGUCACUACCUACAAUGCUUGGUAUCAAUUUUUGAUCGGUCGUCUCAUUGGUGGUAUGGGCGUUGGUACUAUUGCAGUUCUGGUCCCCAUGUUCCAAUCUGAAGUUGCUCCUCAAGAGAUUCGUGGUACUUUAGUAUCUUCUUAUCAGUUGAUGAUUACCCUUGGUAUCUUUAUUGGUUAUAUUGUCUGUUACGCCACUAAUACCAGACCUGAUGCUACCUCUUACAAGAUUCCACUUUCUUUGGGCUUUGUUUGGUCAGUCAUUCUUAUCGUUGGCCUCAUCUUCCUUCCUGAAUCUCCUCGUUAUUUGAUGAGUAAGGAUAGAAACGAAGAAGCUCAAAAGAUUAUGUGCUGGAUUAACAGACGUGAUCCCAAUGAUCCUCUUAUUGUCGAAACUGUCGCUAAUGUUGCUGCUGCCAUUGAACAUGAAAGAAACGCCGGUAAAGCUAAAUGGACUGAAGUUAUCACAGGAAAGCCUCGUGUUGGUUAUAGACUUAUGGUCGGUGUCAUGGUUCUUGCUUUGCAACAAUUAGUUGGUGCUAACUACUUCUUCUAUUUUGGUACUACAAUUUUCAAGGGUAUUGGUAUGAACAAUUCAUACUUGGCAUCCAUCAUCUUUGGUGCAGUUAACUUUGGUUCUACAUUCUUUGGUCUUUACUUUGUUGAGAGAUUCGGUAGACGUAAUGUCUUAUUAUACGGAGCUGCUGGUAUGUUUAUCUUCUUUGUCAUUUACGCAUCAAUGGGUGCUAAGGCACUUUAUCCUAAUGGAUCUGACAAUGACGCCAAUGUUCAAGUCGGAAAGGCCAUGAUCUUUGUCACUUGUGGCUACAUUUUCUGUUUUGCAACCACCUGGGCUCCUUGUGCCUUUGUACUUGUCAGUGAACUUUUCCCCAUCAGAACUAGAUCCAAGGGUAUGUCAUUAGGUCUUGGUGCUAACUGGCUGGCUAAUUUCCUUCUCUCAUUUUUCACUCCAUUUAUCACCGGUGCUAUCCACUUCUACUACGGAUUUGUUUUUGCCGGUUGCAAUUUGUUUGCCAUUGUCUUUGUCUACUUCUUUGUCCAUGAGACUAAAGGUUUGAGUUUAGAACAAAUCGACCAACUGUUUGUCUCUGGUGUUAUGCCCUGGAGAUCUUCCGGAUGGGUUGCUCCAGCUAUCGUUGAUCCCAGUACAUACAACGAAGAAGCUCCUAAAGACACUCAUCCCAAUGCCAUUCAUGAUGAACACAUUGUAUAA